CUCUCCUUUUCCUGUGGAGAGUGAGGUUUGGCUGCCACCAAAGUUACUUCCAGUCCUUGCUGUCCCUCCUGCCCUUGUCUGGUCCUGCCAACGGACCCCUGCAACGAGCUUCGGCACCAGGGAGCCCCGGCCAAUUGCUCAUAGCUCCUCAACUGGCUGCUUACUUCCAGUGGCUUAUGGGGUACAAUCCUGCCCAGUCCCGCUGAGAUGAUCCUGGCUUCUCCCUCCACCCCGUCCAAGGGACGGACCCCCAGCGCCGUGGAGAGGCUGGAGGCCGACAAAGCCAAGUAUGUCAAGACACACCAAGUGAUAGCACGACGCCAGGAGCCAGCUCUGCGUGGGGGUCCCGGACCACUCACCCCGCACCCCUGCAACGAGCUGGGACCCCCUGCAUCGCCCAGGACGCCCAGGCCCGCCCGCCGGAGCAGUGGCAGGCGGCUGCCAAGGCCUGACUCGCUCAUCUUCUACCGCCAGAAGCGGGACUGCAAGGCUUCGGUGAACAAAGAGAACGCCAAGGGCCAGGGGCUGGUGCGGCGCCUCUUCCUGGGCGUCCCCCGAGACGCCGCCUCGAGCAGUCCCGGCCCACCCGAGCGACCAGCGGCUCCUGGGGUUUGGGCCGCGCCCCAAGAUGCCCCGGAAGAGGCAGGAAAGCGGGCGCUGUGCCCCACCUGCUCACUACCCCUGUCGGAGAAGGAGCGCUUCUUCAACUACUGCGGUCUGGAGCGCGCGCUGGUGGAGGUGCUAGGCGCCGAGCGCUUCUCUCCGCAGAGCUGGGGCGCCGACGCCAGCCCCCAGCCCGGAACGUCGCCGCCGCUGGGCUCUGGGGACACCAGCGACUGGACGUCCAGCGACGGCGACGCGGAUCGCCCGGACGGUGCUGGCGGCGACGGCGGCGGCUGCGGCGGCGGCUCAGAGGCGGCGGGCUCGGCGCGGGACGGGCGCCCCCCGGUGUCGGUGGUGGAGCGCAAUGCGCGCGUCAUCCAGUGGUUGUACGGCUGCCAGCGCGCCCGCGGCCCGCCGCGCGAGUCCGAGGUGUGAUUGCGGCCGCUGGGCAGCAGGCUCCGGGGGAGUCCGGGGUCCGGGGAGGGCGAAGGGGUGGGCCCAGGGCUGGACCCGGGCACGGGCAGGGAUGCCCUGCCUCUGACGCCGCGCCGGGUGCCUUUAGGCGAGGCCCUCGCUCUGCAUUCUUGGUUUUCCCCUGUGAACCUUGGGAGGAUGGGACAAAAUGAUUCCGCAGGCCCUUCCCAGAGCCGACGACGGAGGGGGAGGGGGCAGCUACAUGGCCCCUGUGGAGGCCUGGGGUGGGAGAUCAGAGAAUCUGCAGAAUAAAGCCAAAAUGUUAUUUAAAGGGGUCGUGAUGU